AUGUAUAAGAUGCCGGUUUCUUCACAAAAGGAAGGUGUUACAAAUCGUAAAACAUUUCGUAUGAGACCAGAUCAGUCAAUGAAAGAAACAGUAGCAGUACCAAAGCAAUCUGAUCUGCAUAUAGACAAAAGUUUAAUUCGUGAUGAUAUUACUGACUUACUACAAAAUGAUGCAGAAAUAAAACAACAAAUACAAUCCUUAAAAUCAAACUCCAUUGAUGAUAUUACAAAUAUAGUUUAUGAUGCUGUAAUAAAAAGAAUAAAUAAACGCUUAAUAUCAAUUGAACAACGUAUUGAUCAAUUGGAAUAUCAAAAUUAUUAUUUAGAACAGUCAGUAAAUAAACGCCAACGACAUUCCAGACAAUUUAAUUUAAGAUUUAUUGGAUUUAAAGAACAAGAAGGUGGUAAAAUGACAAAUAGAAUUGUUGAAUGUGCGCAAAAAGCUGGUAUUAACUUACAAACGGAAGAUAUCGAAUUAUCACAUCCAAUAGGCGCCAGAAAGGAAGGUGUAUCACGUCCAGUUAUUGCCAGGUUCCUCUCGAGAGUUAAACUUCGAUCAUUCUUAUCACAACGUAAAAAAGUAAAAGACUUACCUGGUAUUACCAUUUAUGAGGAUUUAACGAAAAUGGAUAAACAGUUAUUAGAUGAACUACGUAGUCAAUUAGAUGGCAAUGACAAAAAAUAUGCUUUCACACGUAAUGGUCGUGUAAUUUACAAAAAUGAACAUCAACAAUUUAUGGUCAUCAAUUCACCUUAUGAUUGA